UAUUACUUGUUAUUAUGUGAGAGAGUGGCUGGUGGGGAAAUGACUGUUUCCAGCUGCUUUACAGUAAGUGAGAACAGGAACUAACUUGUCUCACGGAUUAUCUACAACAUUCAAUGUAACAAUAACAUGUAUAAUAUAUUUGACUGUCAUUGACAUUGUCACUGUGGUCUUACAAGAAUAAAAAUACUUCAGGAAGUGUUCUUAAUGGAAAAUAAUUAAUUUCAUUUUUACUCUAACUCAUUUAAUUGUGUUUCUGUAAUGAAUUUUAUAGAUUACGAUGACUGGGAUUAACCUAUCCUUCAAGAUCCUGUGCAAAAAUGGUGGUGAUAUAACCAAACAGGAUGGCUCGGGUGGAAAGUCUAUCUAUCUGUGGACAGCUGUAGUUCUCUUCUUCAUACAAUAAGUACAUUUGUGAAAGUUUUUCAUGUUCUGCUUGGUUUUACUUUCUUUGGUCAUGAGUUAGGGUUAAGGUUGUCCUUAUUAGGCAUUUGAUAGAAGGGCAACCAAAGGUCAAAGACCUCAUUCUAGUUUUGUGGAGUGAUUUUUUUUUUCCCCAAAUGAAACAUGAUGGCACUAAUGACGGACUCGACCUACCUAAAGCUGUGUGAAUUGUGGUCAGUCACUGACCUACAGAGAAUAACCAAUGUACUGAUGUGUUUCAUGAAGUAACAUCAUGAUAAAUCGGCAUGUUUGUUUAAACAAGCUGUUAUGGAGAUGACGCAAAAUAAUUUCAUUAAUAUAAGCCUAUAACUUCUAUAACUAUAAAAAAAAAAACGAUAACUUUUAAGCAAACUGCAGGGGGGUUAUUGGGCUGUAUGGUAAAACAUGGUGUGGCAGGUUUGAAUCAUUUACACAGGUAGAUUAAACCGGAAACAAAUUUGGGUUGUUUCCAAGGCGAUAUAAGGGACAUUACUGUGCACCAUUAUGGUAUCAUUGAGGCAUCAAUAAUUUUUGAAAAUCAGCUUGUUUGGCAACAGGGUCGCUAGUAACAGGAUUGAAGAUCCAGGCUAAUAUUGGCCAUUAUUCAGUAAAGGAUGCUAACUUUAGAACCAUGUGUUGAUUUCAACAUCAUGACAAACACAUUUUUACAAUAAAUAAAGAAGUUCUUUAAAUGAAUAUUCUUUGUAGCUGCAAUCUUAAAAACAGUGUCGAGUUGCUGAGCCGGACGAAGUCAAGCAAUGCUGAUGUUAUUUGAUAAAUAUUUCGUAUAGUUGAGGGGGGUAUACUUUUCUCUUGGCCAUGCUGUUAGACAGUGUCAUUUUAUACAAUAGUUUACAAAUGAAAUAAAAGUAAAACCAAGAAAUAACAAAUAUUUCAAAUAUAUGUUUAAACCACAGGUGAUUGCAUUAAGACUGCACAGGAAGCCCCGCUUCCCCUAAAAUGUCAUUAAAAUGCAGCAAUGAAAUCUAAUCCCUAUAUUAUUCAGCACUCUAUUUAUGCUCAUUGGACAAAGGGGCUUUUAAUAUGUUCUGUUGGGUCGCACUAGGAGUCCCUGGGCAUGAAUGGGAGUGUGGGCAAGUGGCUUUUACAUUAAACAACGUAUCUCAACAUUUAUUUGACAGUGCGCUCUUCACUGAUUGGUAGAUCUCUGAAAAGGGUGCAACUUUGUAACCAAAUGCCAAUCACUGAAACAGUACUGAAGAUGACUGACAUCUCAAGUGCCAGUCAGCUGUUCAUCUGCGUGCUGUAUUUUAUAUAUGACUAGUACAGCUUGUUAUUUAAUCUUUGUAAUUGGUAAAUAAAUUGUAAGUAUAAAGUUAUGUUUUUGAGGAAAGCCUGAGAAUUAAACAGGAGGCCAGUACAACAGAUAAAACUAAACACACACACACACAUACACGUACGUACACACACAGAUAUAUACACAGAUAUAUACACGUAUAUAUAUAUAGACAGAUAUAUAUCUCUGUUGUACUUCAGUAAUUGACAGCUGUGCCAAUGGUUUACUGUCUUUUGUUUUUAUUAGAACUGCUCCUACAUUACAUGAUUAUAAAUAAAUAAACAAACAUAUCUCUUUUCUUUGGCUUAUAAUCAAUAUUGACUUAUUGUGGUGCCAUGCCAAAUUUAAUAAAUCGCAAUACUAAAACUUGUCUCUUGAAAACUUGGCGUUUUUCAAUGAAUGUAUUGAGUGAAUGAAACAAUGACUUACUCGAAAUAUCUAAUAGGACAUUCACUGGCGCCACCUACUAGUGGAAAUGUGUAACUUAUGGAAAGUUAGAAUAUUCAAAAGCAGUCACGUGGUUGGGCACCGAAAAGAAAGUUCGGCCGUCAUGGAUCACGUGGUUUUUAUUUUGGCGGCAAAAAAAAAGAGAAAAAGAAAGGAUACAGUGUUUCAAAGCAAGGUGUGUGUGGUGUUUUAUUUUUAUAGGCGCGCGCUUCCGAGCGUCAGGAUCAAGUGUGACAUCACUAGACACACGUGUUCUCCACACGGCUUUUACAGACUGAACCAGGAAGUGUGAGCUGCUGUAAGUGACUGUGAGUUUAUUUUUCAGUAAAAUGGCAGAAGCGAAUAUUUUAGGACUUCAGGAUCAGUUCAGCUGUCCAAUCUGUCUGGAUCUACUCAAGGAUCCAGUGACUAUUCUCUGUGGACACACUUUCUGUAUGGUGUGUAUUAAUGGCUGCUGGGAUCAGGAGGAUCCGAAGGGAGUCUAUAGCUGUCCUCAGUGUAGACAAACCUUCACUCCAAGACCUGUUGUGGGUAAAAACACUGUUCUGGCUGAAGUAGUGGAGACACUGAAGAAGACGGGACUCCAAGCUACACGUCCUGCUCACUGUUCAGCUGGACCUGAAGAUGUGGAGUGUGAUUUCUGCACUGGGAGAAAAUCCAAAGCCAUCAAGUCCUGUCUGGUGUGUCUGGCCUCUUUCUGUGAAACUCACCUCCAGCCUCACUAUGAAUCUCCUGCCUUUAAGAAGCACAAGCUGGUGGAAGCCUCCAGACGACUCCAGGAGCAGAUCUGCUCUCAGCAUGACAAACUGCUGGAGGUUUACUGUCGCACUGAUCAGCAGUGUAUCUGUGUUUUGUGUAUGUUACAUAAACAUAAAGGACAUGGUACAGUAUCAGUUGCAGCAGGACGAGCUGAGAAACAGAAGAAGUUGUUGGAGAUGCAGGGAAAUUACAAACAGAGAAUCCAGGAAAGAGUGAAGGAGCUUCAGGAGCUAACAAAGGCUGUGGAGUCUCACAAGGGCUCUGCCCAAACAGCAGUGCAGGAAAGUGAGAGGAUCUUUACUGAGUUGAUCAAAACCAUUGAGAAAAGACUCGAUGAGGUGACAGCACGGAUCAGAGCUCAGGAGAAAGCUGCAGUGAGCCGAGCUGAAAAAGUCAUGAAGCAACUCGAGCAGGAGAUUGCAGAGCUGAAGAGGAGAGACGCUAAGAUGGAGGAGCUUUCACACACAGAGGAUCCCAUUUAUUUCCUCCAGAAUUUCCGUUCUGUCUCGGCUCCUCUUGGGUGUGCAGACUUACCCGCCGUCACAGUGAAUUCUCACCACACUUUUGAGGAUGUGAUAAAGUCGGUGUCUCAAGUGAGAGAGAAGCUAGAAAAACACUGUAAAGAUGAGAUUGAGAAGAUUUCAAGUGAAUUCAAGAAAAUUCGGCUUAUUCCUCCACAAAACAGAGAAGAGUUCCUAGACUAUUACUGUCAGUUCACACUGGAUCCCAACACAGCAGGGUAUCCCCUCCGUCUGUCUGAUGGAAACACAGUCGUGACCUCGUCAUCAGGGUCAUAUUAUGAUCCUUCAGUUGGUCGUCAAGUGAUGUGUAGUGAGAGUGUGCAUGGAUGCUGUUACUGGGAGGUGGAGAGGAGUGGGAAUUAUGAGGUUUCUAUUGCGGUGUCCUAUAAAUACCUCGACUGGAAGGGAAGCGGUAAGGAGUGUGAGUUUGGACGCAAUGAUAAGUCCUGGAAUUUGCUGUGCUGCUCCACUCAUUGCUCAUUCCUGCACAACAACCAAGAAACUCAAAUCUCCAUGAGCCCCAGCCCCUCUAGAAUAGGAGUGUUUGUGGAUUACAAGGCAGGAACUCUGUCUUUCUACAGCGUCUCUAACGUUAAGCUCCUCCACAAAAUCAAGAAUAAAUUCACUCAGCCUCUUUACCCUGGGUUUAGGCUCAAUUCCUAUUCCACUGUAAAACUAUGCCAUACAAAAUACAGAUCUUUGGAAGCUAAAACCCUGUAAGGUACACGUUACAGUGCUGGUCGGUAAAUAAAACUUCGGGAUGUGCUGUUACAGGAAAAUAAUCAACUUAUGGUGGUAAAAGUAAGUCAUGUUGGGUUCAACCUGUAACAGCACGUCCUGAAGUUUUAUUUAUUCUUAAUACAAAGGCAGCCUGCCAAUGCUAAGUUUUUAUUAUUAUUAUUAUCAUUAUUAUUAUAAUAAUAAUAUUAUUAUUAUUAUUAUUAUUAUUAUUAUUAUUAAGUAAGGACCAAUGUGUUAUCAUUUGAUCUGUUUCUACUUGCAUUUGAGUUGUGAAAUGCCCUCAAAACAAACUAGUUCCUGUUCUCACUUGUUAUAGCAGCUAUAAAAAAUUAUUCAGUCUUUAGAAUAAGAGUGUGUGAAACAAUCGUAUCCUUUACAUGAUCAUGUGUGUGGUUCUUCCUUUACAGUCUCUGUUUUAGUAGCCUUUAACCUUCCUGGAAUGUCUGGGUUCAAACUGACUCCAAAGCAACUUCGACAUCUCUGGAAAAAAAUGUUAUGCUAAUCAUAUUUUUCAACCUUGAAUCCUUCUGGCUUUUGCUGAAUUUAUUAGUUGAAUUCAUAAGCAUGCACAUCUUGUGUUAGAGUUUUCGAAAUGCCUGUGCACAUUUUGACCCAAUCGGUCAUGUCUGAGGUCAUUUUGACCCCAACCUCUUUUUUGUGAAAUAAAUAAAUGAAUAAAAAAAAAUGUAUAAAGCCAAGUUUUAGUCUGGCGGAUCAGUGCUACAUUUAAAUGCAGAUUAAAACAAAAUAAUAGUAACAUUUUGAAUCUGAGUAUUUUAUUAUAUGUUAAAA